GUGAGGCAGUGAAAUACUGUAUGGACUGUCAGGAGUAUCUGUGUGGAGCUUGUGUCGAAAGUCACAAUAGUUUUACUGUCCUAGAUGGACAUACUUUAGUAGGAAAGUCUCACGCACAGUAUGGAAAUACAAGUAAAACUAGUACAGACAACAAGCGCUCCUUACCGUCGGUACCUACUGAAAGGUGUGAAUUGCACUCAUUGAAAUUGGUAGACAUGUACUGUGUUGAUCAUGACUCGGUCGGAUGUCAUGCAUGCUUUACGAUCAGUCACAAGUCAUGUCAAGGCAUUCAUUACAUUCCCGAGGAGGUUCAGACAAUACCACAGGCUGAACAAAGUAGGAAGAUAAAGGAAGAAAUGGAAAAGGCAAUUCCCGAACUGGAUGGCGUUAUGAAACAGAAACAAAAGGAUAUUGAAGAUAAUAGAAAAACAAAAGCGAUUCACAUUGAAGAAAUCAAAGCCUUCAGGGAAGAAAUCAAUUAAACAUUGGAUCGACUAGAACAAGACUCUGAACUAAAUGAAAAAUAUGAUAAACUGGAUAAAAGAUUUCAAGAAGAAUUAGAUGAAUUACAGAAUACGGUAGCCAGACUUACAACACGUAACGCUAAAACUGACUCGUCUCGUAGGAACGCUUCACAACAAUUUGUAAACACAAAGAUAUGCGAGAAAAUUAUUUUUGAGAUCACAGAGAAAUUGAAAGUUCCUGGAUCUGUGGUAUUACGUUUGAAAAACACCCACAACAAAUUAAUUCGCUCGGAAAGUUCACUUAUCAAACAAGACAGUUUCUUUACAAAAUUCAAAGCUCGGAGAAUUACAAUAUGUAAUUAAAAGGCGAUAAAUUUGACUGCGAUAUUUGGUCGACAUGUGUACUUGACUCUGGUGAUAUUCUGUUAACAGAUUACGACAACAAGAACAUUAAAAUGGUUGACCUUAAAAAUACCCAGGAAUAGAUUCAUUGGUAAUGCCCUCCAAACCGCAAUCAGUUUGCGAGGUAAAUAGUAUUGAGGCGGUUGUGAGCCUUGAAAAUAGAACAAUGUACUUUGUGUCUACUAAGAAUCGUCUGGGCCUCACACGUUCACUGAAGUUUGACCAUGGCUGUCGAGGUAUUGCCGUUGUAGAUGAUCAGCUCGUGAUAUGUAAAAGUGGUAGAAAGAUUUAUGUCUACAAAAUGAAUGGAGAUCGUUUGAAGGCAAUCGAGAAAGAUCGAUCCGGAAAUGACAUCUUUGGUCAUAUUCGUGAAAUUUCAGCGCGUAAUGGCAUAAUAUAUAUGGCUGAUAAUGCGAAAGGUCCGGUUGGAAUAGACACAGACGGUAAUGUGAUCUGGGUAUUCUGGCCAAGAUCUGAAAGGUGCCUUUAGUGUAUGUACAGACCAAAACGGCAAUGUGUUUAUUAGCGGUAUGUCAUCGAAAAAUGUUGUACAAUUAACUUCGAAAGGGAAGUUACUGGGUGAAUUUGUCUCAAGCACAUACGGCUUGAAAUGUCCACAAGCUUUAAGUUUUGAUGCGAAAAAGUGCAAGCUGAUUGUAUCAGAUGGAAAUGAGCUGCACGUAUUUCACGUGAGAUAAGUAGGAUUCUGUUUUAUAUAUACAUACCCAGACUUAUAUGAAAUACGGACAUUGUGUAAAUUGAUUUGCUUAUGUGCUGCAUAUAUACAUAUAUUUAGGUUUCAGUUCUUAUACAGUGACAUUAUUUCGGACUGAAUGCGUAGGAAGAAAUAAUUUGUAUCUUAUGUAUGCUAGAGAUGAACAGUAAUUUAGUUCUUUUUCCACACACACGUACAUAAUAAUGACAGUUUCAACUACAUUUCUUCACUUUUCAUGUUAGAAGAUAUUUUUGCAAUCUCUUUUUGAAACCUAUGUUACUGUACAAGUAAAGUUUUGUAUGAAAUGGUGUAAAUGUCUCUUUUACUGUUCUUCAGCUGAAAGUAUUUAAUGAUUGUAAACUCUUUAAUAGAUCUAUAGACCUUGA